GGGCCCGGGCGUAGCAAUGUGAAAUAUCUAAGCAUCAGUGCUCACCGGGUUAACUGUUUAAGUCAAGGCGGACAGGGGAUUACUAGUAAAGGUAUUCGAAUUAUCAAGCCUCUGGAACCGGGGCGGCAGUCCGGAGAUAUGGGAGAUCAGAAGGAGACUCUGAGAAAGAUUUCCACCACCCUGGCACUGAAGAAUGAGGAGAUCCAGAACUUCAUCUGUUGCCUGAAACAGAGCCUGAAAAAUCUAGAGUCCAAUUCUAGCCGCGUGCAGGAGGACCUCGAGUCGGAGUUCAGCUCCCUGUAUGCAGUACUGGAUGAGCAGAAGGAGAGCAUGGUGACCAGUAUCAAGCAGGAGAGGGCCAGCCGAAUCUACGAGCUGCAGAGUCAGCUGACCGCCUGCACCAAAGCUCUGGAGAGCUCGGAGGAGCUACUUGAGUUGGCCAAUCAGGCGCUGUGCUCUUCCGAGACCGACGGCUUCAACCAGGCGGCCAAAGAGAUUAAGGAUAGCGUGACGAUGGCCCCUGCCUUCCGCCUGUCCCUAAAGGCCAAGGUCAGCGACAAUAUGAGUCACAUGAUGGUCGACUUUAAUCAAGAGAGGAAGACGCUGCAGGCACUGAAAUUCCUGCCAGUCCCCGGCACGCCAGAGAUCCUGGUGUCUGAAUGCAGGGUGUGUGACAAUACUGUGACCGUGAUGUGGGAGCUCCCGGAGCACGACGACAAAAUCGAGCACUACAUCCUGGAGUACCGGCGCACCAACCACGAAGGCCCGCCCCGCGCGAGGGAGGACCACCCCUGGAUGGUCGUGGAGGACAUCCGUCAAAUGGAACACACACUCACAGGCCUUCGCUUUGACACCCAGUACAUCACUUUCCGUGUGAAAGCAUGCAACAAGGCGGUGGCCGGGGAGUUCUCAGAGCCGGUGAACCUGGAAACGCACGCCUUCAACUUCAAGCUGGACGCUGCUUCGGCCCAUCAGAAUCUGCGUGUGGAGGACCAGUCCGUGGAGUGGGACAGCAGCGGAGGGAAGGUGCAGGACAUCCGCAAAGACAAGAACCGAACCAACUCACCUAUGCAUUCCCCAGCGAGGUCCGUAGAGAGGUGGUGGGGGAGGGGGGUGCAGUGUGUGUGUGUGUUGGUGUCUAACACAAUUUCGAUGCCUUCCUGCCCAUCCAGGACCACGAUGUCACCAAAGAAGCUCCCCACGGCACGGGGAGGCCGGGACCGAUUCACGGCGGAGUCCUACACCGUGCUGGGCGACACUGCAAUCGACGCAGGUCAACAGUACUGGGAGGUGUGGUUCGACCGGGAAAGCAAGGCGCUGGCGGUGGGCGUGGCCCUCCGCUCAUUAGGCCGAUUUGACCAGCUGGGCAAGACCGCAGCAUCCUGGUGCCUCCACCUAAACAACUGGCUCCAGCAGAGCUUCACCGCCAAGCACAACAACAAGGCCAGAACCCUGGACUGUCCAGUACCAGAUCGCAUUGGCAUCUUCUGCGCUUAUGAGGAGGGGGUGCUGUCCUUCUACAAUGCCAAAACCAAGCAGCUGAUCCACACCUUCAGGACCAAGUUCCCACAGCCUGUGGUCCCGGCCUUCAUGGUGUGGAAUGGGAGCUUCACAGUGCAGAUGGGCCUACAGGUGCCUACUGUAGUGCAAAGCGGGCAGAAGAGGAACAGCGCCACCAGUAGCUCCAGUGCCAGCCUUGGCUAGCCCAUAGCCACCAGCUGAGCAGAGCCCCACCCUCAUCUGGAUCAGGUGGGGUUUAGGGUACGCACACCCACCCCCCCGCCCUGGCAGGCUGAACCGAGCUUUUUCCAAAUCUCCCAUGAUCUCUCCCAAAGAGCCAGAGAAACAUGGUGCCAUGCCCCCCCCCAGUAUAAACUCCACCCCUUCCUGUUUUGUGCACUCUUCCUGUGCCUUUCAGUGUCAUCGAAUCAUCUCUCAGGUGGGUCAUUCACCUGGCAUGUCAUGGUGUUACUUCUGACUCUGUCGAGAUGCCAUCCUUUACCUCUAGAUCCACACCUGGCUCACUAGAACGUUGCCCUGGUUACCACACCCCUAAAUGUCUAAACUCACUCCUUAGCAAGCCAGCGCAUUGCAAAGCUUCAGCAGAAAUAACUCCUUAAUUCCAGCCCGGGCACAAACGUACUUUAAGCAGCAGAAAGCUGCUGCUCCUCCAAGCUUCACUGAGGACUUCUGCAGCAGGCGGUGAAGCCGACUAGACCAGCUGGGAUCUCUGUCAGCACUGGGGCGGGGAUAUGUUGCACUGUACUAUGUAUGUGUGCUGGUUAAUAUAACUGUACUAUAUGAAACACACUGGUAUGGGGGGCAGUGUAUUAGAAUGCAAUUGUUUCAAAUUUGAUUAAAAGAAUUAAAUAGGAAUUUGUAUUUUAGUCUUGGAGUGAGAAUUUAGGCUCAGAACAAACUAUUAAAAUGUUAGUUGAAAAUUGAGUCAAUCACAUUGUCAGAAAAAAAGUACCAAUUUGUAGGUAAUUUGUCACUGGGGCUUGUACCCUCAAGGGUCUGCUAAUUGUUCCAUAGCUGUAGGUAAAUGUACCUUUUAAGACACAGGAAUAGAUUGUUUGUACCAUUGGGGAAUAAAACUGUAUACCCUUUUCCUGACUGCAUAUUCUCAGUCCAAUUUCUGUAGUCAGAAAGCCAUUUUUCGAAACCAUUCCCAAGUUUUACUUGAAUAUUAUUCACUGGUUUCAGUUAACGUGAAUUGGACUGAAUUACAUACUGGUAAAGGUAGUGGUACCGAUUCUAAUCCACACCACUGUAAGCCGUCUCAGCUGUCCAUAAAACCUGUUUGAAAUGUACUGCAAGAAUCUCCUGGACUAUUGAGGUUUUUGCACUGGCUGCUUUUGUCAAUAAAGUAAACGAGAAUGGUGCUGCCUCGCCGUCUGGCAGGUAGAAUAGGA